AUGGUCGACAAGAUUAAAGAAGAGGUGCAGAAACAAUUGGAAGCCGACUUUUUAGAUGUUGUCGAAUAUCCAGAAUGGGUCGCCAAUGUGGUCCCCGUGGCUAAGAAAGAUGGAAAAGUCCGUGUGUGCGUGGACUACCGUGAUCUCAACAAAGCUAGCCCCAAAGAUAAUUUCCCACUCCCACACAUUGACGUGUUGGUUGACCACGCGGCUGGUCAUGAGCUCCUAUCAUUCAUGGAUGGUUUCUCAGGCUAUAAUCAAGUUUUGAUGGCGCCUGAGGACAAAGAAAAGACUACUUUUAUCACUGAAGUUGGCACCUUCUGCUACCGUGUAAUGCCUUUCGGGCUGAAGAACGCUGGAGCCACGUAUCAGAGGGCGACCACCACUAUUCUCCACGACAUGAUCCACAAGGAAGUUGAAGUCUACGUCGAUGAUAUGAUUGUGAAAUCCCGAAAUCGAGCGGGACACAUUGUAAACCUAGAGAAGUUCCUUCAAAGGAUUCGGAAAUACCAACUUCGUUUAAAUCCAAAGAAAUGCACAUUCGGUGUUACUGCCGGUAAGAUGCUGGGAUUUCUAAUUACUCAGAGAGGAAUAGAAGUCGACCCUAGCAAAAUUGCAGCCAUCACGGCCAUGCCAACACCCCGGAACGAGCGAGAGGUUCGAGGAUUUCUCGGGAAAAUUCAGUACAUUAGUCGCUUCAUCAGUAAGCUCACUUCCACUUGCGAUCCUCUCUUCAAGCUUCUGAAGAAGGAUCAAAAAUUCGUCUGGAGUGACGCUUGUCAACACGCCUUUGAUAAGGUGAAAGCUUAUUUGCAAUCCCCUCCUAUUCUCAUGUCUCCAAGGCUAGGAGUUCCUUUGAUUCUUUAUCUCACCGUCACCGAGUCAUCCAUGGGGAGCAUGUUGGCCCAAGAGAACGAGAACAAAGAGGAAGUAGCUGUCUACUACCUCAGCAAAAGGAUGACCGGUUACGAGUUGAACUAUUCUUCUGUGGAAAAAGUCUGUUGGGCACUAGCCUGGGUAACGAAGAGGUUGCGCCACUACAUGCAAGCCCACCCAAUCAAGCUAGUGUCAAGACUCGAUCCCAUUCGUUUCUUGUUUCAAAGAACUCUUCUUUCGUCGCGUCUUGCUAAAUGGAUGAUGAUGAUUUCAGAAUAUGACAUCACAUAUAUCGUGCAAAAGUCAAUCAAGGGGAGCAUAGUGGCUGAUUUCCUAGCUGAUCAACCAAUCACCGUUGGAGACGAUGACGAAGAGAUGGUCUUUCCAGAUGAUGAGAUCAUGGUUGUUCAAUCCGAAACGUGGAAGUUAAUGUUCGAUGGCGCGUCGGGCAGACAGGGUUACGUCAUUGGUAUCCUUUUGAUCAAUCCUGCUGGCACGUAUAAUCCUACUUCUGUUAAGUUGAGUUAUAGUGUCACCAACAACGAGGCUGAGUACGAAGCAUGCAUUGCUGGGAUCAAGUUAGCUAGCGAGAAGAGGAUUAGCAGAUUGGAGGUUAUUGGAGACUCGAAUCUUGUAAUCUCACAAGCCAAUGGGGAUUGGCAGGUCAAAGGCGACAAUCUUAAACCUUAUCAUUCUUUUCUCAUGCGUUUAAUCGCCAAAUUCGAAAGUGUUGUUUUCAUCCAUGCUUCAAGGAGUCAGAACCGUUUCGCUGACGCCCUUGCAACUCUCGCGGCAAUGGCUCAAAUUCCCGAAGGAAUCAAGAUCAAGCCACUCAAAAUCCAAAAGAGGUGCAAUCGCAUCUAUGAGAAACUAGUGGUGGCUAACGCUAGUAUCUCAAGCAAACCUUGGUUCGAGCCCAUUCAAUCAUAUAUCGAAAGGGGGGAAUACCCUGCCCACUUUCAGAAGAAAGAGCGCCGCGCUCUCCGUCAGUUUGCCACUAGCUAUGUGGUUGUGGCGGGAUGUCUCUAUCGACGAUCUUUUGAUGGACAAAACAUGCUUUGUGUAGAUCAGGCGGAGUCUACUACCAUCAUGGAAGAAGUGCAUGCUGGGAAUUGCGGUUCCCACAUGAAUGGCAUGGCUCUUGCUAAGAAAGUUCUUCGGCUAGGCUACUUUUGGCAGAACUUGGAACAGGAUUGCAUUGCGUUCGUCAAGAAGUGUCACCAGUGUCAAAUUUAUGCUAAUCUAAAGCAUACUCUCGCUUCUCUCCUCUAUAACAUGACUUCUCCAUGGCCAUUUUCUACAUGGGGAAUUGACAUCAUUGGGAAAAUCCACCCUCACUGGGUUGAGGCUUCUUCAUUCAAAACCCUCAAAUCCUCCCACGUGGCAAAGUUCAUUCGCAAUAAUAUCAUUAGUCGAUACGGGGUUCCCCAUUCGAUGAUUUCCGAUAAUGGACGACACUUUCAAGGUAAUGUGCUCGAACUUUUAAGAGAAUUCAAAAUCGAGCAUCAUAAGUCUUCACCAUAUCGACCGCAAACCAACGGGGUAGUCGAGGCUGCUAACAAGAAUGUGAUCUCAAUCUUGAAGAAAGCCACACAAACAUAUAGGGAUUGGCAUGAGAAGCUACCCUAUGCUCUGUGGGGUUACCGAACCACCGCUCGGACCUCUACAGGCGAAACUCCUUAUUCGUUGGUAUAUGGCAUGGAGGCAGUUCAACCCAUUGAGUUGGAAUUGCCUACUCUCAGGGUUCUUUUGGAGAGCCACGUCAUCGAGGAAGAUUGGCUGAAGUCCAGAUACGACCAACUAUCACUCAUGGAGGACCGGAGGCUAGAUGCCCUAUGCAAGACACAAGCUUAUCAACAACGCAUGACAAGGGCGUUCAACAAGAAGGUUAAACCUAGGCAUCUUGUUGUAGGGGACCUUGUUCUUAGAAAGACCCGAGAGCUACAAGACCCUAGAGGAAAAUUUCAGCCGCCAUGGGAGGGACCUUUCAUCAUCAAGCAGAUUUUUUCAGGUGGAGCUGUUCGCCUCGCCACUCUCGAUGGCGAUGAGUGUUCAUCACCCUUUAAUCUUGACACGCUCAAGAAAUACUACUCCUGA